AUGAGCUACACGUGAGCUACACCCCCUUCUGAUUUUCAAUUGAAUGGAAAAGUUUCAGAGAUGCCGACUUGGAAAGAUUAUACGAGGAAUGGGAGCAAAAUGACGACGAACUGUCUGAAGAAGAAGAUUCGCCCGCACAGAAAAGGCCGAAAAAAUAUUUGGAUUCACUGAGAGCUGAAGUAUUCUAUUUUUGGCUUUUCGGUUUUCAAAGUUUUUAUGCUUUAGGCGAAAAAUCCCGAAGACUUAUUGUCAAUGACGAAAAAAGGACAAACGCUGAUGAUGUUUGUGGGCGUUAGGGAUACUUCACAACCAAAAAGAACGGACAUUCGAUCAUUCACGGAAAAAUGGACGGCUCUUUGGCAAUCUCAACUCUACAACAAUCAUAUCGACGUGCAGGUUGUGUGCACUUUUUUUUUUUAAAAUUAUCACUGUAUUAAUAACGAAAAUCCUUUUGUGUCUAUUUUUUUUCUCUAUAAUUUUUUGCUGUCUCUGAACUCGAAUCUCUAACAAAAUAGACUAAAGAACUCAAAAACAGUAAAAAAUGAAUUUGGUAAAGGGUUCGCAAUAAAUUUGAAGAGACAUAUUUCAGGUUUUUGUGAUUGACGACAAUCGCGCCAUCUUCAUGUUUAAAGACGGUUCUCAGGCGUUCCAGGCUAAAAAAUUUUUGCUGGAGCAGCAGUAUGUUUCCGAGGUUGCGUUGUUUUCUGUUUGUGAAGCGAUAGAAAAACUUCUAAUUCAGAUUACUCUGGAAGGACAGCAGUUUUUUGGACCGGCGGCAGAAAUUCUAAGGAAAGACGAUUUGUAA